CAAUCUGCGCAUGUCUAGUAUCUGAAUUAGCUGAAGGCGAAUGUGUAUCUGACACGUGCUAUUAGGUUAUGUUCACGUUUCUCAAUAUUGUAUUUCGUUUCUCGUUAAUUUCGAACGUGUGUAGUGCCGUAUUUUGAAGUGAACAUUAGAAAAAUAAAAAAAAUGACUGUAAAAGACAUGGAUAUUUCCUUGAAUAUUUCUACAGGACCAGUUGCCAAAGAGAAAAUAGAAACAGAAGAUGAUUUUAUUCUUAAUUUAAUGAGACAAAAGAAAAAUAAGGUAACUAAAAAAAGUAAAAUAGCAAGUAAUGAAUUAAAACAUGACUCUGUUAAGGAAAGUGAUACCACUAAAAAAAGAAUUAAACAAAAAUCUUUAGGAGCGAUUGUUACACAGAGAUUAAGAGGAACUAAUCAAAAUCAAUCUUCUAUUGUACAAAAUAAAUUAAAGUCUAAGUCACAAGUAAAUUUUAAACACACACAAUCGCAGCGGAAAAUAUCUAAAGAACCUAUAAAAGCGCAAAAGAGUGAUACAGAAACAAAUAACUCUUUAUCUAACAAAAGUAAUGAAGUUUCUGACGUUCCUAAUAUUUCAUUUACUAAAGUUACAAGAGAGAAUUUUGGCAAAACUUUAUUAGCAAGAAAAAGAAAAAUCACUGAUACAAAUUCUAAACAAACAUUGUCUAGUAUAUUUUCAAAACAAUCAGAAUCUGAAACUAAACAGUUUAGUUUGUUGGAUUCUUUAAAACAAAAAGAAGUAGAAAAAGAUGAUGUGCCAGAAAAGAAAGCUAGAAAGGAAUUCAAGGAAGAAUCUGCAGAAUCUUCCAGUUUGCCUGAAAAGAUAGGUUUUAAUAAGAAGAAAAAGAAAAAACAAUUAGAUAAAUCAAAAACUGAUAUUAAUAGUACAGAAGAAAAUAAAAAUACAAAUAUUUCUCAUAAAUCUGUUGGGAAAAUAUCUUCCUUAUUUGGACAUAAUCCAGAAAUACCAAACAUUGGACAGAGAUUAGUAAAACCGAUAAAUGAGCCAGUCUUUACAGGCACGACCUUUGAUGAUCUUAAAAUACAUCCUUUUACGAUAUCUAAUUUAGAGAAAAAUAUACAUAUAAAUAAAAUGACUAUAGUACAACAAAAAGCAAUUCCCCAGAUAUUUUUAGGAAAAGAUGUUUUAAUUAGAUCACAAACUGGUUCUGGAAAAACACUAGCAUAUGCUUUGCCUAUAGUUGAAUGUUUACAUAAAAUUAGACCAAAAUUAAAUAGAAAUAGUGGUUUGAAAGCCCUUAUAGUUGUUCCAACUAGGGAACUAGCAUUACAAACGUAUGAGUGUUUUUUAAAAUUAACAAAACCAUUUACGUGGAUUGUACCAGGAUAUUUGGCAGGAGGUGAAAAAAGGAAAGCAGAAAAAGCUAGGUUAAGAAAAGGUUGCAAUGUUUUAGUUGGUACACCAGGUAGACUGUUAGACCAUAUAAAAUGGACGGCAGCUUUAAAGUUAAGCGACGUUAAAUAUUUCGUUUUAGACGAAGCUGAUAGAAUGUUUGACAUGGGAUAUGAAAAAGAUAUAUCUGGUAUAGUAAGUGCUUUGAAAGUGUCACUUCCAAGUCAAAAUACUGACUAUGAUGCCAUAAAAAUAUUGCGUCAAAAUAUAAAGAAAGUUUUCACCGAUGCAGAUCUUGAGCAUCUGGAAAAUAGUGGUGAUUUUAAAAAAUCUCAAAAUGAUAGCCACAAAGAUUUAAUCGUUAAAUCAAAUAGGAGCACAGAUUUAAAAUCUGAGGAUGACGAUGUUGAAGAUAAUGUUGAACGAAAACAAGUGUAUCAUUCUAGCAGUGAUGACGACUCCGAUCGAGGCGAGCCUUAUAUUAAGUCAAAAAGAUCAGAUAAACAGAAAGUUUGCUCAGACUUUGCAACAAAGAAAGACUCUGAUCAGCAAAAAGAUGACACGCAAUACAAAGAAAAUGAUAAUAGUAGCGGAGAUGAAUCGAGAAGGCAGACAAUUUUACUGUCCGCGACGUUGACACAAGCGGUAGAAAAAUUAGCAGGUCUUGCUAUGAAUCAUCCUGUUUUCAUCGAUGCUGCAAAAGAAAAUUUGGAAACAACUGGUGGUGACGUAAGCGAUAUCAACGAGGAUCUAGUAGUCCCACAAAGCGUGAAUCAAAGUUAUGUCGUCACGCCUCCAAAACUGAGAAUGGUGACUUUAAGUGCUUAUAUCGCCGGAAAGUGCCAGAGCCAUGGUCAACACAAAAUAUUAAUAUUUAUGGCCACUCAAGAUAUGGUUGAUUAUCAUACGGAGAUCUUAUCAUCUAUAUUAACUAAACCCAUUGACCAAGAUGACGAUGAUUCUGAUCCUUUAGUCGACGUAGAAUUCUUUAAAUUGCACGGUAAUAUGAUCCAGAAAGAACGAACCGAGGUCUUCAAAACUUUCAGACAGGCGACGAGUGGAGUUCUACUCUGUACGGAUGUUGCAGCCCGUGGAUUGGACCUGCCAAAAGUGGACUGCGUGAUUCAAUACACAGGACCAACGUCUGCCAGGGAUUACGUGCAUCGAAUCGGUAGAACCGCGCGAGCUGGUUCUUCCGGUUCGGCGACUAUCUUUUUAACCCCGCCAGAGAUCGAAUUCGUCCGGAUGCUCGAGUCUAGGCGUAUCAGAAUCAGACAAGAGAACAUGGACGAUAUUUUGGACAAACUGUUGACUCCCUUGUCGAAACAUUCCUCUGUUCAUAACGCCGCGAUUGCGCUUCAGAAUGAGUUCGAAACCAUGGUGCUCGAGGACACGAAGCUCCGAGAAAAAGCGUGCAAAGCAUACACCUCGUGGAUACGUUUCUACUCUAGCUACCCGCGCGACAUGCGGGAGAUUUUCAAUCGGAGAACCGUCCAUUUGGGCCACUACGCGAAGAGCUUCGCGCUGAGGGAAACUCCGCAGCGGAUCGGCUCAAUCGGAAAGAAACUCCACGAGAAGGACAACUCGAAGCAACGGCAUAACAACCGGCUCACGAAUGAAAAGCCCGACGGGGAGCCGGUGAAGAAGCAGAAGCGUCAAGGUGACGAACCGAAGAUGGGGUUGCUGAAGAGAGUCAGAAUGCUUAACACCUCCGAGUACGACAGCGGCCUCGAGCCCGCGAGGAAGCCAAAGAAGUUCUGAGCCUUGCAUUAUCGCCUCAACUACUAGAAAACAAAAUGCGAUUUCGUUACCGUGAUUCCCACCUCUCGUGUAAAUAGCUCUCUCCCUUCUUAAGCGUACGGUUAACCAGGAAAUCAGGUUACUCGCAUUUUGACGAGAUUUUAUUCAAACUGUUUACUUACUCCAUUAUACCACGCAAUGUACAUAUAUGUGUAUUAUGUAUCUAUAUCGUUUCGUAGAUCGAUUUUAUUCUUUUUUUUUUUUUUUAAAUAACGUAUAGUCUUAAAUAACGUACGCUACAAAAAUACGAAAUGUUGACGAAAUAAACUCAGCCUGUUCGUAAAA